UCAGCUGAGUGGAGAGAGAUUCCGGUCGGCUCCUCUCCAGUCCUGUGUCCAGCCUCUGGCUCCAUCAUUACUUGGGUUUUUGCAGCAUCAAAUCUGAGGGAAAUUAAAUUCGCUUACAGCAUGUGUGAAGUCAAAUGGGAGUAAGACGUAAUUAAGAGGAGACAUGCUCGCAACACAGCUCGCUGAUUCUGUUUUAGAGGCCAAAAAUGCCAUACAGUGGAUCAAGGAGAAGAUGGCGCAGACGCUGAAGACGCUGCAGAAGCGCUACGUGACCACAGAUGCACCGGUGACCAGCGAGGACUCCGAGGCCAACGAGCUGUGCUGUGCUCUGGAAGCCGUCUUCAUUCACGGCCUCCGGAGUAAACACAUCCGCACAGAUGGCGCAGGAGCACGCAACCGCAAAGGAGGCUCGCUUCCUCAGCCCGUCUUCUGGAACCUGCUUAAAGCCAUCACUCACAGAGACGUGAUUCUGGAGCUAGAGAGCCUGAGCUUCAUCAACUCGGACGUAGGCCGGUGCAGGGCAUGGGUGCGUCUGGCACUGAACGAUGGCCUGUUGGAGUGCUACCUGACUUCACUUCUCCGUGAGAGCACCAAGCUGGGGGCCCACUACCAGCCUGGUGCGCUUCUCCUUGACCCUGAGGAGCGUGAGGUGCUGCUCAGCCUUCUGCAGGGCUUGGCCUCGCUUGCUUUCCAGCUCUCCUACAAAUCCGCAGUGCUCAAUGAGUGGACCACCACGCCGCUGGCACUUGCCGGUCUAUGUCCACCGCUGCCUACUGAUGACUUGUGGCCUCCCUCUUCACACCGAGAAUCCUGGGAUACAGCAUCACAGUCAUCUGGAUCUGUGGGUUCAGGGAGAGGUCAGGAAGGCAGGACGCCCUCAGACCUCAGUUUGGACACAGCUGGCUCUUGCCAUCUCUCUUCCAGCUUCGGCUCGGAGAGAGAGAGCUGGAGCUGCCAAACGGAGAACAAGAGCGCGCUUGCAGAAAUGAGUAGCUCCUCUAGCCAGGAUAUAAUAAAAGACCUAGAUGUGCUUAGCCCUGCUGCAGAUAGCAUGAUUGAGUCCUCCAUGCACAGCAGUAGUGAUGAAGACUCCUCAAACAAACAGGAUGUACACCAAAUGGACCUCGAGCCUUCCACGGAUUCAUCCAUCCCAAACACGCACUCGGUUGUUUUGAAGGAAGAGCUAUUAGAAGAGGAAAUAACAGAGCCUACGACUGCCCUUGUAAAUACAAGACCAAUAAUUGCUGAGUCUUUGAAAGUAGAUGAUAAGAAGCAAGAUGAAGACUCUCCUGCCAUUUCCUUAGAUACCUCCUCCCCUAUGUUAACCUGUCAGGUGACUUCCAACUCAUUGGCUGCCAGCACUCUUGCUCCAUUGAUUUCCAAUGCUGUCGAGUUGGUAAACAACUCUGAGAAUGAUUCUUUCCAUCACACUUCUGAAGCUCUGAGCAGGCAAAUAUCUGCAGGCUCUGUCUGUUCUCGCCAUAAUUCCAGGUCCUGGAUCUCAGAGGAGGAUAUUUAUAAGCCAGAUUCCUACGCAAGUGGAGAUUCUGAAGAUCCUGAUGUUGUAGAUUCCUCCCAGAUUAACGGGACGGUAUCUCCUGCUGCUGAACCUGAAUUCCACCCAUCUCCACCUAGUGUGGUUCAUCGUAGACAGAUUGGCUUGUCAAAUCCAUUUCGAGGCCUUUUAAAGCUGGGCCAGCUGGAGCGGCGUGGUCCGGUGGGUCUGUGGCGUGCCUGCUACUGCGAGUUGUCACCAUUUGAGCUGCGCUUAUAUGCUGACGAUGAGGAGCGUAAUAUCUGUGAAAACCGCUCGCUGCUGCGCUGUGAGGAUGUGCAACUGGGCUCCGACGGCCGCUUCCAUCUCGAAUUCCCCGGAAAGAAGCUCCACCUGCGUGCACCAAGCAAAGCCGAGGCUGAGGACUGGGUAGAGCGCAUUUUAGAGGCUGUAAGGAAUGUGCGACACCAACCGCAAGAAGAUUGGGAUGAUCUCUCACCCUCUACCAUGGCCGUCUCCAUACCCUCUGAGCCAUUUAAUCCGCCUGCGAUAGACUGGAACAGGCCCUGCGAGCCAGAACCGGAUGCCAUAAAGGAGGCAGUGGUGCUCCUGAGUCGGGAGGAGCAAGGUUCACGUCUGAUGGUGCUGUCUCUCUCGUUGGAAGUGCUUCAAGGUUUCUCAAUGCAGAAUGGGUGCAAAAUGCGUGUUUUCUCUCAUGGCAUCGAUGCUGUAAGGGAUGUGGUCCCUGCUGUGGCGCUGGGUGGCCCUGCCUUCUUCAAGGUGCUGACAGCAAAUGAGACGCUGACGGUGCAGGCCGAGAGUGGCGAGGAGGCCGGUGCCUGGAGAAGCCUUAUCCGAAGGGCUCUGGAUUCAUACCUGGAGGAGGAGAAUGAGACAGGUGCUGAAAUAACAUCACUGAGUGGAGGCAACAUCCACAGACUUGUUCAGCACAGGCUGAAGGGGGAUGCGGUCCUGCUGCCCCAUCUGACAACUGUCCCCAAAGCAAAAGGGUUAAAUGCACAGAACUUCAAAUGUGCAGGCUGUUCCAGGCAGAUUGGUGCAUCUUUGGGGCGAGCUAGGCUGUGCGAGUUCUCAGGUCAAUACUACUGUGAUGCCUGUCACUAUGGUGACACCACCAUCAUCCCCUCUCGCGUGGUGCACAACUGGGAUCUCGCUGCACGUGAGGUCUCCAGACAGGCCUUGAAGCUGCUUACUGACAUUGAGCAGGAGCCUUUGCUAAACCUUGACCUCUUAAACCCUGACCUGUUUGAUCACACUGAAACCAUGGCAACAGUACAACGCUUGAGGCAGAGACUCCGCCUCCUCGGAGACUACCUGCUCAUUUGUCGGAGUGGAAUCCGGAAAAAAGUUGAGGCCAAGUUGCAGCAGAGAACCUACCUAUUGGAAUCAAGCCAUCUGUAUAGCGUGCUGGACUUCAGGCAGAUAGUGGACAGCCAGUACGAGUCCUUCCUUCAGUCUCUCAUCCGGUUCUCAUGCAAUCACGUGCAUCACUGCGACCUCUGCACUCAGCGAGGCUUCAUCUGCCAGAUCUGCAAUGCGGACGACAUCAUUUUUCCUUUUCAGUUUGAUACCACUUCUAGGUGUAAGGCGUGCAAAACUGUUUUCCACUCCUCUUGUAAGACCCAGAGUGUCGUUUGUCCUCGCUGUGAGCGUCUGCAGAGAUAUAAGGAGAGAGACCUUGAGUAAAUCACCUUCUGCCGCCAGCUCCAAUGUAACCAACACAGUGGCGCAGUAUGUUCCUCACGACCACCACUAGCUGUGACCUGAUCACUGCAGGGCUCAAUCAGUUCAUGGAGUCUGUUAUAUUUAUUUACACUGCCUUAAGUGCACUUAUUUAUACAUAUGUAUGUAUAGAUGGAGCGUACGCACCAUACGUGUGUAUUACCAAGCAAACAAUGAGGGUUUGAGGACCAGACUCUUUUUCUUAACCUGCAUUAACUGCGAAUCGAGUAACGUCUAUGCCUGUCCUCUUCAUGGCCAGUACAUUGGUCAGUGUAAUGAUGAGCUGUACCGGAGAGAUGCUUUUUUUUUCUGUUGUCUUCAUCUCAGCAACCGAGGUCUACGUGCGCGCACUUUUUUAUUUUUUAUUUUUUCUCUCCUUCUUCAAGGGUUCUAUUAUUAACGCUUAUGGGUGUUUUUUUUUUUUUUUUCUUUUUUCCCCCUUCUUCUAAGGAACCAUGUUUAAUAAGCACAGGAAGCAAUGUUUUGCCAAGGAUCAUGUGACCCCUGUUAUUAUGAUGAUCCUAAUGGAAAUGAAGGUGUGUUUUAAUAUGGCAGCAACACUGUAGCUUUCUCUUCUGAUCUACAUUAAUUUAUACAAAGAAAGGUCCUGAAACCUUUUUAGUGUUCUUGUUCUUAUUGCUUAACUUGUUCAUAGUGAUUGUAUGAUUCUUUAUAACUCAUUUUGCCAAAAAAGUAACUGAUACGAAUGUUAACACUUUGUACACUUUCACGUAAAAGUUAAUUCUUUUCACAGUUACCUUUGUAUUGCUAAUGACAAGUAAUUAAAAGGUAAUUACUCAGUUCAAGUAGUAUGUAAUGUUUCACCGGUCGUGAAGAAUUGCCUGAUUUAUUCCUGAAUCUUGGAAUAGGUCUAAUCCACUUGUUUAGUGCACUACAGAGGGUGUAAAAGCCAUUAGUUCAGUGUCGCACACUGUUUAGGAAAUAUCAAACUAUUCUAGAUUUAGUCUGUUUUUGCUUGGACCGCACACUUCCUGCUUUAUUUGGUAAAUUAAUUACUGUUUCAAUGAAUGUACUUUGCACAAGCUUAAGAUCAGUCGCCUGUUCGAAGGGGACGCUGUUUUUUGUUUUUUUCUUUUUUCCCCAUGUUGGUUUAUGGUCAUGUUUGCCGUUGCAUCACAUUUAAUGUGUGUGCUUAUCAAAUUGGAAUUUUUUUUUUUUUUUUUUUUUGGUCGAAUAUGUGACUGUCUUGUUUUAGUGUACUAUUAUUGAGCUCACGGAAAUGUCUUAAACUUUACAGGAAAAUGACUGUACACUUCUAGAUUUAGAAUAACUUAUUUUAAAUUAAUUUUUAAAAGGGUUUUUUUUUUUUGCCUUUUUAAAUAAAAGUAUAACUAUGCCGGGUAAAUGAAGGGUGCUGCCACCUCCGGGUUCAGGGUGCAAUAUCCAAGGCAAUGCAUCUUGCACAGCCUGUAGCAGAAUCUUUACGUACUUAGCAUGUAUAACACCUUUUUUUUUUUCCCUCUCUUUUGGCUUGUUGUACAAAUGCUUUACAAAUUCUGAUUUCUCAACUCUUCUACUGGUGCUUUUUCAUAACCUUGCCUUAUAUCAUGAUUAAAUAAUGUAUAUAAUAA